AUGGAAAAUCCCAAUAAAUCCAUAAAUAGAACAACUGAAAAGAUACAAAACAUGGCAAACACUCCAUACUCCUCAUGGUCGGAUUAUUCUUCAAGGUCGGACUUACCCAAAACUACAGCAAUAUCAAACAUAUGUUGCAAACUGAUGAAGAGAGCAUUCUUAACAGCUUUGCUAAAAUCAACAUGUAUAAGCAAUCUUUACUUGCUAAGAAGCUGUGCGAUAGAGUUUUCCAUAAUGAAUAUAAAGUAUUACCACAAAUGGAAUACACCAAUGAGACUGCUUUCAGUUACUAUACUAUAUAGAUAG